AUGAUUUCCCCCCUUCCAGGUCAUUCAGUCUCCAGACAACUUCAGUUCGAAUUGACAGCGUUUCAACGGGUCUGCUUUGCUUCGGCUAUAAAAGUUCCGAACUCUCCUUGCAGUAUGGAACAUUUGAACGCUACCGAUCAAAACAAUACUGUGGUUCACCCCGAGCAGUUCGUUCUCUCAGCAGUAACAGUGAUGAAUCUUCUGGCUCAAAUGGAAUGGAGAGCAAUCGGAUUGGUUAUUCUUGCGUCAAUAUUGGUGAGUUUAGUUGACGGUCACGGAAGAUUGUUUGACCCACCAUCGCGUUCUACCGCUUGGCGAGUAGGCUUCGACACACCGAAAGAUUAUAACAGGCAAUGGCUGGUGAACUCGGGCCGAUGUGGGGUGUGCGGUGAUCCAUAUGACGAGGUGAUUAAGCCACACGAGGCUCCAGGUGGGAUUUUCGCCACCGGAACAAUUGUGCGCAAUUACAUACAAGGGCAAAUUAUAUCCGUGACGAUUCAAAUAACAGCUACCCACAGAGGAUUCUACGAAUUUAAGCUCUGCCCAAAUAACAACCCACAAAAAGAUCCUACCCAAGACUGUUUCGAGAAAUACCCACUCAAUUUUGUUGAUGGCACGGGAUUCACCACUACUAAAUUCAGCCUGGAGAAUCUAUCUGCAGCUACCUACCAAAUCCAAAUUCAGUUGCCGUCCGAAGUGACGUGUAGUCAAUGUGUAAUCCAGUGGACUUACGUGACGGGUAAUCGAUGGGGAGUUUGUCCUGAUGAAACGAGCAGAUUAGGCUGCGGACCACAAGAGUCCUUCCGUGCCUGUUCUGACGUAGCGAUUUCCCCCAUUGGAGGAUCUUCGUCUCCCACUACAAUAUCGACGGUUCCAUUUCCAGUUACAACAACAAGACCUGUACCAUCUCAAACACCUACUUCGACCACUGAAAUUCAUUCAACCACAACCCAAAUGACAACUGCCACUACCCCAGUCCCCGUAACAUCAGCGGCCGUGACUAAUCCGUCAACGGUUACUCUUUUAUUGACUCGACCACCAUCUAUUUUUACUACAACAAAACGUCCAAAUCGGCCCUUAAGACCUGUACGGCCAGGCCGACCAACGCGCCCAACACGACCCACUAUUAGGCCGACUACCCCUAAUGGAACCAAUCCGCCAGGAGUUUUUACCAUGUCACCAAUACUGGGUUCGUUUACUCGACCACCAUUCCAACCCGUCACGCGACCUACACCUUUGCCCCCGAAACCCAAACCAACUUCUCUUAAACCUACCACCACCACUGGCAAACCUAUUCCAGCUCCAGCCUCGGUUGGAAACGGAGAAUGUACAAACUACAUUCCUGUCUCUUCGCAAAACACCAUGUCCGGAAUGACAGCCUGGUGUAAUAACAACUGUCGGCUCGGCUAUUGUCCUUCGGAUUUCUGCAAAUGCUCUGAAUAAUUAUGAAUGAUCAAUUUUUGUUUUUCCAAUGAAGCAGUUGUACUUUUUUUUUUUAAAUUUGUGUACAAAACGUUAAAUAUAAAAUAUUGUGAUUCUUA